AUGAGUCGGCGGGAGAUCCCUCCCUGCUCGAAGACGUACGGAUUCCCACUGUACUGCGCGUCAUGGGUACCCUUAGAGAUGAUAGCCGCCAAGGUUGCCGCAACUUCUGCCGCCGGAGAAGGGGGAGGGGAGAGGGAAGCGGAGGAGAAGACUGAAGGCGGAGAUGAAGGGAGUGAAACGGCGGGUGGAGGAGAGAGCGCCAGCGAGGGGUCCUCCGGUCUCGAGGAGGUCUCAUCUAACGAGUUGAUGCUGGUUCUGGGGGGAGGAGGAGGGGAAGGCCAGAGCGGCGUCCCCAAUGCUCUCCUCCUCGCACGUUUUGAUCAGACCUCCCGUUCUCUCUCGGACGAGCCCGUGAGUGCUAACCUUGCCCCCUAGUCCCUGGGAAAAUGCCAUUUUCCGGUGCUACUGGCGAAUUUUCCUAUGCUCAUAUUUGUUCAAUUCCGGUUGUUCAUCUCAUGGAAAAUUCAGAUCAAUUCACAAGUCAUAGAUCUUUUGAUCGACUUUGUAAUUAUCUUUUCUGCUGUGACCUCUUCUGGCAGGUUCACAGGCUGGGAACCGGUCAGGAUGUGCCAUACAGGAUGGCAUUGCAUCCGAAAGGGGAUGGUAUUCUCUGUUCGUUCCCUAAUGGCUGCAGGUUUGGCUUCUUUCUAUCUCUCUCUCUCUCUCCACGCGUACCUAUAUAUAUGUAUAUAUAUGUUCGUUCGCUCAUUUUUUUUCUUUGAAUAUAUGAGCACGGCGAACACUCGCUUUUAUAGUAUGCGAGAUUGAAUUAUGGAGGCAUUAUGCUUAUAGUAUUGAAAAAAUAAUGGAAUAAUUGAGGCACUGUGCCUUUAAUAUGGACGAACCUUCUCUUACCUUUGCAGUUGAUGAGUCCUCAAUUUGCUAAAUAACUGUAGAUCAUCUCUCGAAUUAAAACAGUUCUUCAUUGUUCAUGAACUACGUCGGGAAGUUCCUUGCAAGUUUGAAGUAUCAGUUUUUCGAUUGUAUACUGGGGAAUGACGUUGUUUACGAUGGCCAUGUCUAGUAAGCCGUCAUGUGGUUGCAUUGAACGUCUUCAGCCUUCUAUGUUCCAUCUUUAAUUAUCUCUGUAUUAUGCCCCUGUUUUAGCUCCAUAUUUCCACAUACGUAGCAAUUGGGUGUUGAGUCUCCGCUGCAUCUGCACUGUGGCAAAUUUCUUCAACCGGUAAAGAUCAUGCAUGGAGUUUUUGUCCCCCUUGUUUCUCAGAUACCUUUUCGGCCAUUAUACCAUUAUCUUUCACAGCCUAUGCUCGUUUAGGCUUCAAUUUCUUUCAUUUAUUUGUCUCUUUGUCUUUUCUCUCCAUUAAAGUUGCACAAGAGUUGUACUAUAUCUUGGCUAAAAGAUGUCACACUUGAUCUCUCUUUAUGUAUUUAACUUAAAUUGAUGACUCAUAUGACGAGAAUUUCUAGUUCUCGAUGAAUCUUUAGGUGGUUUGAGUGGGAACCUUCUGAAGACAAGAAGGCUCACCAACUUGGCAUAAAGUCUUCAGGGAGGGUGCUGACUCAGUUGGAAGAUAUUGGCUUGCAAUUGGCCCUGGCUUUCAAUGCAGAAGGUUCUCUGCUAGCAACUGGUGGUGAGGUAGAAAGUCUGCUUCAUGCUUUUUCUUUUCUCAUAAUGACUUACUAUCAUCUGACAAGAAAAAUGUAAAAGACGGAUGCUUCUUUUGCAUUCAAAUUUAAAGAGAAGAAUAUAGCAGAUUUCAAAAUUAUCCUUUUUUUUAUGAUUUCCUGAUGACUGGCUAACUAACUAAAUUGAAUGAUGUAAAACCUUGUAAAUUUUGCCGAACAUUAUAUUAUGCAACAUAAGAUGUUCCUUACCUUCCGGUUUUCCAUUGUUUAAUGGAGAAACUUGGCAUCCUUUAUUCUAAAAAGUUAGAAAUAACUGCCAUUCACUCUCCAUCUGGUACGUAUGACAAGCUAGUUCGGGGAGUAUUCACUAAUUUCUUCAGAAUUUUUUUUACGAAACAUCUGAUUCUGAAACUGGAUAUCGGAGACAAUAAGAGUAAUGUAAAAGUAUUCCAGGCCUCUCAGCCCCAAUGGAGGCCAACGUCAUCUCUACCCUCUCUCUGGUACAUAUGACAAUCUAUUUUGGGAAGUAUGCUCUGAUUUCUUCAGAGAGGAUUCAACGGGAACAUUCCGAUACUGGACAUUGGAGAAAAAUGAUGGUAACGUCCUUUUGUUGUGGGCAUAAUGCAGCCCUCGUACUUCCAAUAGAGAUUGGUCGGUGUCUCUGCAGCCACUUAAAAGAUAUUUCAUUUGAUUUUGUAUCGUCUCACAUUACAACUGGGUCCACGUUCCGAGUAAUUUAUUACCAGGGCCUUGCUUAGGCACAUGCUACAUUUGGGUCCUUUACUGAUGAACACGUGAUUGGACCCAUAUUUGCAGAAACUCUGUUGAGGCUGGGGUUGGCCCGUUGAAAUUUCAAUUGAUCUCUUCUCUGUGGGCAGUAAUGGAGAUUAGAAUUGAGGAUGGAUGUCUGCAUUUGGAGGUUAAUAAAGAAAGAUCCCGUGGAGAGUUCAGAUUGUGAGCGUUUAAGCAAUGAGAGCCACAUAUCAUUCCACCUAUGACAGGGAUUCCUGAUGUGGGGGAUUCCUGAUGUGGAGAAGUUAUGAAGAUUAAGUUAUGACCUAGACGAUGGUGCCACAUGACGCAGUGUCUUUAUUCGAGAAUUAUCUCCAAGUGGAGGAGACUAUACAUCUGGAGGUCGUCGUUUGAUCUGUUAGUACAUGUUUUUAUCUCUUCUUAGUGUUGACCAUGAACAUGAAGGAGGGAUCAUAGAUUUUUUUUCUCAUUUGCUGAGGGCUAACAAUUUGUUUCCCCAAAACCUUGCUGAAGGGGAGGUUCCACAUGUGGAUACGGUCUGUGACUUGUGAAAGGUUGACCGACUUUUGUGGGGAGGGCAUUGGGACUACUUGCUCUCUAUUUGCUAAUCAAUCAUCUUUUCAGUGACAACCGGCUUGCCUGGAAUACUUUCUAGAAGGACAUCUGGGAGAGGGGAGGUUAGGAAAUGUUGGUCAGAAUAUUCACCUAUUGAUGCUUUUUCCUUGGAGUGGCCAAUGGGUAGUAGGCAUUCAUAUCUUUAACAAGGGAGACAUGGUGUCACAUAGAAUUAUAAUAUUCAAAUGAUUUUUCCUAGAUCCCUGGUGUAACAUUCAUAUUUGGAACGAUUUUUGGGUUCUGGAAGAAACAUAGAAGAAACAUAGAAGAAACAAUGGCGCGCUUCUUUUUCUUUUGGUUACAAAUACGGUGGACUCUUAUUCAGAUUACUUUUAUUUCUGCAUCUUGCUGUAUGGAUCAAUCCAAGGACUAGUAUUAUGAUUACAAUGAAUACCCAAUUUACGUUUCUUUUAGCAUGGUAGACUUCAGCUAUGGAGAUUCGUUUACUGUGUCUAGUAUUUCUGAUCGUGUUGUGAUUGCCUGCAAUAGGAUGGUCACAUGAGGAUCUUCAAGUGGCCUUCAAUAGAGCUGGUCUUUGAACAAAAUGAAGCCAAAAAAUCUGUGAAAGAUCUAUAUUUCAGGUGGUUGACAAAACAUACAUUCUCCACAAAAAAACUAAACCAUUUGACCUUUUUAUGUUCUGUUGGUUGACUUCUCUUCUCCCACCUUGAUUCUAUGCAGUUGUGACGGCAAAUUCCUCGCAUCUGUGGCAGAUACUGGGCUCUGCAGGGUCUGGGACCUGGGUUCUCUGACCAUUGUAGCAAAUCUGUUGCGGGACAAUGUGGGAAAUUUGCCGAAAAAGUCGGAGAAUUCAUUUGAAUCAGCUUUUCAUGGGCUUGAGAAUUAAAUGGUUAAUGGAUAUCUUCUGCAGGGCGAGAAGUUUCUGUUCUGUAGGUUUUCUCAAGCAACUGAUGAGAACACAAUCCUGUACACGCUGUCAACACAAGGUUAGAGAGAAUCGAGAGUCUGGUUUCCUGCCUCCUUGCAAGUUUGUGUCGGUUUAUGUUUUACUUUGAAACUUAAAUAUUAUCAGAUCAAUUUGCGAAGAUCGUUUCCUGGAGCACCACGUCCUGGAACAGGCUCACAUCGAAGAAUGUAUCCAAGGACCCAGUCUCCGCGUUUAGUGUCUCCCCUGAUGGGAAGCUCCUCGCUAUGUAAGUCUUUAAAAACUUUGCAUUUGUCUUAUAAUAGACUUAGUUUCUUAGUCCCAUUGUGUAGCUUGAAUAUUUCAUUUCAUAAAUAUUCUCUUAAUUAGAUAAUUUCUGCCUUAUCUCAGUUUCAAAUACGGGAAAAUAUAUUUAAUUUCUAUACAAUCUUCAGAAAUAUGUCUGUAUCAGUGACUUUCACUUGAUUUGAGAUGGAGCUUUAGUUCUUCUAAUUUUGCGUGUUUUUUGCUUUCAUACUCCCAUCAAUUUAUCGUACACUUGUGGAAAUUUCGUGGGAUAUUUUAAUGCGACAGAUCAGUAUUAUUGAUUUAUACGCGCCCUAGAUCAAAUAUGGAUGCUGGGGGGUUCUCGCUCUCAGAGCACGAUCUCAUCAUUCUGGAGUUGGCCAUAUUAUGCUAUAAAUGUGGCUAAUCAUUUAUUCUCACCAACUGUAUUUAUUGCCUUGGCUUUUCAGUACACAGCUGCAUGGUCUGCAGAUUUUUCUUUUUUUUUACAACCAACCACCCAUGAAUUUUAGCCAUGAUUUUAAAAAAUAAUAAUAGGGUAACUAUUGCUCUAAAGAUCUGAGGAAUUACUAUUUUUGUCAAAGUCUGCUGAUUUUUAACCAAUUAUCUCUAUUUAUUCAACAAUGAGUAUAAGAAUCCUGUCCUAUCUUGUCAACCUUCAGAGGGACGAUAGAAGGGGAUGUGGUGAUCCUGGACUCCAGCAUGCGAGUCAACUCGGCAGUCAAACGGGCCCACCUCGGCCUGGUUACCACGCUAGUCUUCUCUCAUGAUUCAAGGUCAACCCACCCUCCACUUCUACUAAUAACACCAUCAUCUUAGUUUCAACCGUGGUCAAACUUGGCGGCUGUUUCAUGGUGGUCCUAGGGCUCUUGCUUCCGCAUCCUUUGACUCAAGCACGCGGGUGACAUUGGUCGAGAAGAAGCGGAGAGGAGGUAACCAGACUCAUAUUUAAGUGAUUUUCCGUGGACAACCGGUGCUGCCAUAGCUUGCUUUCUAAACAUGAACCCUCCCCCCCCCUCUCUUCUGUUGCUUGACCAGAGGCGGUGAGCAUGUGGGUCAUCUUCUUCAUCAUUUUACUGGCUGCCAUUCUGGCUUACUACAUCAAGGAAAAUGGCGGGCUGCUGUGGUGA